AUGACAGAGAGCUCAGAAUUUACGAAUGGGCUCCCGUGGCCAGUCAGACAACUCCUGGACCCACAGCAAGCGCGCCUCCCCGCGUGGAUGAAAAACGAGGACCUGUCCUCCUACUACACCGACACGCGAGAAUUUUACUUGGCUCGCGUCGUGUCCGCCGAUGCUGCCACAUUCGCGCCAGACGAUCGAUUUAGUCUCGAGGAGGAGACGCUGUUGCGAGAAUUGUUUGCACUUGUCUUACGACAGGCUAUGGUGAUACAAGGGUACAAUGGAGAGUACUGCAAUCACAAGAUCAUGUAUCCGGAGGUUCUUGUGAUGUUGUCUAUCAUUUUAUGCAAAUGUUUUCCACUCGAAACACAUGAACAUCAAAGGGUGGAACUGGUUGUCAGUCGCAUAGGCGUUGUGGACCAGCGUGACUCUACCCGUCUUGGGCCCGAUGAUCAUGAUGCACCUGACGAUUUGGCUGAUGCGGAAGAAUCGGGUCAGGACUCUGACGUGGAAGACGAGGAGGUCAGCUGUAUAACUGGCAUCACGCAUUAUCGUGGUCUGCAACAGCUGCUUUACUUGAAAAGUCCGGAUCCGCAGGGCCCCACCGAUGCUUGUGUGGCCCAUUCCUCCAACAUACGCCUGUUGUUAACGAGCGCUCUGUACCACCGCCUCUCCGUUGGCACAUGUGGGCCAUUAAUUGGACUAGCCUAUGAAAAGAAAAGUCCGGUUGUUCACAUAUAUAUUGCUUGGCUGAAAGAAGCAGUGGAAGAAGGCAAUGAUCUGCCAGAUAUCCAUAUCCGCCCUCCAACACCAUUCAACCUCAGUGACCCGCUAAGUGCUCUGACGCUAGCCUUGCUGUUGUAUCGUUCUGCUUCUCUUUCCGAACGGUCUUCUGCAGAUAAGGUUUUACCGUGGCGAGCAGACUUCUGCCCUCGUGGUAUUCUCGAUGACCCGCAACUCUCCCACACUGAUUAUUCUAGCCGUGAGGCGAUAACGCUCUGGGCUGAAGCGGUAUUUGAAGCAACGGUUCCCCAGCUGCGCGUGCCCACAAGCAACAAAGGCGGCCAGAGAGAUGCACCUGAAAGAGCACAAGGAGCGGGAAAGGCUGCUCAGGAGUCUGACUCCCAAUCGACGUCAACCUCAACGGCGCGGUCCAGCCAGUCCGCUGCGAAGGGACUGCCCAAAGCAAAUACACAUCUGAAAGCAGUACUUCUGCGACUGGAUCGGUUAAAUCAUGAGUGUCUCGCGGGCAAGCUGAUUCAUGCAAUUAAAUACCCCUUUCACGGCGGAUCUCAGCUUCCUCAGCGCCUCAGUGUUAGUCCAGCUCUACUUCCGUCCAAUUGCAGAUUUGCCGGCUUGUGCACCAUUCCAAAGGAAUCCAUUUACAGUAUAGCACCAGUAUGGUUCACGGGCCCUGAGCCAAUGAUUUUCCAGACUAUAAGGCGCCAUAUAUGUACUGAGCAAGAACAGCUUCUUGCCGAACUUCUUGAUGGCUACGCAUGGUAUUCCAGUUGUUUCAUUGGCUACAUGACCCCCGGUGUUGAAAGUAUUAUCCAACGAUCACUGCAUGGGGUCUUCCAGGUGGUGCAAGCUGUUCAUUUGAUUGGCCCUGUCAAUGCCAACGAGGAUAAGGCUGAAGAUGAGAAGCUCACCCUGGUGCAGAAUGAAGCCACAUAUCGCUUUCACUGGGACCAAUUAAUUCAGACAAUUGUGGAGCGUGCCGCGAUGGACUGUGUGGGAUACUCAAAGGAAACUAAAUUGAAGUAUUCGGAGUAUUCGGCUCCCCAGAGUUACCCUGUCCCUGGUGGAUAUGAUGGGUAUUUGGCCUACAAAUGGCACAAUGAUGUUAUGUCAGACCGUUCUGAAAUGGAGCCAGCUGCAGCGCAGGAGGAGCCGCGCUCGGGUACUGCAGACGGCAUCCUCUAUCUAACCAUUGAUGAUAUCUUCCCUGCCAAGGAUGUCGCAGAUGCCGUGUCCAUUUGGACUCCAUCCAUUGCUCCCGACUCGUCCAAAGAUGACGAUGAUGUUGCAGAUACCUGGUCAAAUGAGACUGAAGAGCAGCCCGGGAGAACCAGCUACGGUGGCAGUGUCUUCAACAGCGGUCCACGUCGCCCUAUCAAUCCCAGUACUCGGGCUGAGUACGAGCCAUCGACGGGGAUCAAACCCUUGGCAGAUCGUCCGCCUCCAACUGCAGCCUCAGGCUCUCGCACUUCCUCUGGUGCACCGUCUCAAGGCGAUGCCAGUGGCACGCAAGAUAGUCGAGCGAAACGGGAAAGUUCCCGCAUGCGGAAGGCAAUUUUCACGCGUGCCCUUGGCUCAAUUGGAGUAUUAUCAUCUGCCUGGAAUGAGGUAAAGACGACACAUGUCCCAUUUGGAGGUGGGCGAACAACUACUCACCAUGCGACGAAGGUUGAUCUCCGGAAUCCUUUGGAUGCCCUCAACGUCACUACCUUUGUGGCAUAUGUGAUGGCAGAGCAUGCUCAACGCCUGCGCGAUCUCUUUAAAUCACUGGAUUCUGCCAACCAGGAUUACCUGUUGGACAAGGAUCUCACACCACUCACGAAGGCUCGUUCACUGACUGUUGAUGAUGGUUAUUGGCACAAGCCGCAAUCUCCCAAGCAGGCCAAAGCAAGAGCAGCACCCCUGCUUGCAGCUGUCACCGAGCAAUCCGAGCCUGAGAACAGUGAUUCAAAUUGA